AUGGUGGGGGGAGGCAAAGAUCCUAUGUGGCCCCAACUUAGAUUACCGGAAUGGUGGGGGUGCUCAAUGAGAUGCAUGCCUUCUAAUUUUCGUCCAGAAAAUCUCGUUGAACUUAGAAUGCCGGAUAGUCACCUUGAGAAACUGUGGGAAAGAGUUCAGGUAAGGGGCUUGAAUGCUUUUAAAUAUAACUCUGAUUCUUUUAUUGAAGAGAGCUUUUAUGACUCUUUAAGCCCAGUGGAAACAGCAAGAGGCAAUAUCCGCACUCAGUUACCAUAUGGUUCUCCCUCUUGCAAGUGGAAGUAUGACGUCUUCGUAAGCUUCCGUGGAGAAGAUGUUCGCAGAAGUUUAGUCAGCCACUUGUAUAACGCAUUUAGUCGCGAAGGAAUCACUAUAUUUAUGGGCCAUGAGAUUGAGACAGGCGAGGACCUGUCCCUUAAUCUUGUUGGGAUUAGAAAAUCAAGAAUAGCUCUAGUCGUGCUUUCAAAGAAGUACGCUACUUCGAAAUGGUGCUUCAAUGAGUUAGUGGAGAUCAUAGACUGCCGAAAAGAGAUUGGUCAAAAAGUGAUACCCGUUUUUUAUGGUGUGAGUCCUUCUUAUAUCAUGAAUCAGAUCUUAUACAAUGAUUUCACCUUCGAGAAGCAACAAAAUUGGGUGCACGCUUUAAGUGUAGUAAGACGACGUAAGGGGUAUCAUUCCCGAGACUGGGCUUACGAAGUAGAUAUGAUUGAAGCAAUUGCUGAUGAUAUUUCUUUUCAACUAAACUUUAAACCAGAGUUUCAUGAUCCCCCAAUUUUAAGUCAUUAUGUUGAGAUGCAGCCCAGUAUUCGUAAUAUUCUUCAAAGUGAGAAAACACUAAAACUGCACUACGAUGGUCUAAAUGGGAAGGAGAAAGCGUUGUUUCGUCAUAUUGCUUGCUUUCUGAAUAAUGAGACAUAUAAGAAUGUGAUGCAAUUGCUGGAAAACAGUGAGUUGUAUGUUGGAAUAUCAAAAGAGAGAGUCAUAAGUAUGCACGAUGUGCUGCAAAAUAUAGGCAGAGACAUAGCUCUCGGGCCACUCAUUAACCAGCCUGCAAAUCGUCAGUUCUUGAUUGAUACUAGGGAGGGUUGCAGCGUACUUAUUGAUCAAACUGGUACUAAAAAUGUGUUCGGCAACUCGUUUAAAGUACCAGAAAUGGAAGAGAGGUUGAGAAGGGAUGAAAGAUUCAAAGGACUCAAAAAGAUGAAGUUUAUGAGAAUGUCAGAUUUCAUUUAG